GUCAGGUACAAGCUCGUUCUCUCUGCGCGAGAUAUCCACGUCUAGGAGAUCCUCGGCGACGAUUCCUAGGCAGAAGGAGGCUCCAGCGGCGUCCUUGACCCACGAGCUCCGGAUUUGACGAACGACGGAGGAUUUGGGGCUAAUGCUCCAGCGACGGCUUCUCAGCAACGAGCGACAGACUUCCGGCGACGGGCGUCCUCCCAGACCUCAAAUCGUCUGCGGACGGCGGCGGAAGGCGGAGGAUGGCAGAAUCCGGCUCUAAUACCACUGUAAGGUGUAUAUUUCAGCUCAGAUCUCCAACUCAAAACAACUCACACCAGAUUGUUUAGCCACUCCACCAAGCUUUAUCCUCUCACUCUCUCCUCUCACCUCUCUAGCUCUCACUCACAAAGAGGAAGAAGAUCCCGGCCAAACUGCCUCACUCACACUCUUACCUCCACACACCUCACUUUAUGUACUGCACUCAACAAGAAAGGGCUACCCUCUGACUUAUACAAGUCACAAGGGUUGAAGACAAAAAGAUACAGAGAGCACCCACCAGACAUAGCAACGGAUAGAAGACCAAGGGGCCAAAGGCCAGUUCAAUAAGUGAGUAAACGGAUAGGUUCAUUUUAUCGCUCCUCUGCUAUCAUCCAUCGCUGGAGUUGGUUGUUCGACUAAUAGAUGCUCCAUCGCUUGCUUCAUUUUAUCGUUCCCUCUCUUCUUCGAAGUCAGUCUCCUCCUGAAUUUCAGAUUCUGAUGGAUACUCCUUUGAAGUCCCUCAACCCCAACAAGCAUCUUAAAGAACGGUUUGUGAGCAACCUUACUGGAUCUUCUAUGCUUGAACUGUUUUCUCUCAUGACAACUCUCUCUAUUGUCAUACUCUUACGGCGUUCUACCGGAUUAAAUACUCAAAUUGGGGGUUUGUUGAAGAAACAUGACAAAGAUAAUGGUAUUAUUAGGACUAAGAACUUGGCGAUGUACAUUGCUGCAGUUAGCCUGGAUUUCCUCUGCAUUGUUGUUCCUUUCAUUUUAUAUACAACUGUCCUAGCAGAUUGGAUUUAUAUAAAUACAUCUCUUGUUGCUGCUUUGUUGCUUUUAUGUAUUUUUUCUGGAAGGUUUGGAUCUCCUUUUCAGGAUGAUGGGCUCCAAUCUCUUAGGCAAAAUAUAUCAGCAUACAGAGUAUCCAUGAUGCUUCUUACAUGCUUGUGUAUUCUGGCUGUUGACUUCAAAAUAUUUCCUAGAAGAUUUGCAAAAACAGAGACUUACGGAACGAGCUUGAUGGAUCUCGGUGUAGGCUCAUUUGUAUUGACAAAUUCAUUCGUUUCACGUCAGGCACGUGGAAUCUCAGCAGUGAGUUUCUCUAACUCAUUGCGUUCAACCUGGCCACUGACAUUUCUAGGCCUUGUCCGACUCAUUUCUACAUCAAGUGUAGACUACCAGGUUCAUGUAGGGGAGUAUGGAAUGCAUUGGAAUUUCUUUUUCACCCUCGCUGGUGUGGCAAUCCUAUCGUCAAUCAUUAAUGUUCCUCCAAAUUACUGUGGGAUUCUUGGCUUAUUCAUUCUCCUAGGGUAUCAACUAUGCUUGCUACUUGGGUUUAAUGAGUAUCUGCUCUCAGAUGAUAAAAGAGGAGCAGAUUUAAUUAGCCAAAACAAGGAAGGGGUUUUCAGCAUUUUUGGUUAUUGGAGUUUGUACCUUAUUGGUGUCCAAUUAGGACACUAUCUUUUUUUCGGGAACCACUAUAAUGCUACUACUUUCAGAAACAAUAAAUGGGCAAUGAAAAGAGUUUGCGCUCUAUCUCUAUCAUUCUGGUUGUUGACAUAUAUUCUUGACAAGCACGUUGAGAGGGUUUCACGCAGAAUGUGCAACCUGGCUUAUGUUAGUUUUGUUUUGGCUCAAAAUCUACAGGUUUUGGGUAUAAUCAUGCUUUCUGGUUAUGCAUCUCAACACAAAAUAUCUGUGUUGGAGGAAGCUUUUAACCAAAACCUUCUAGCAUCUUUUCUUCUGGCUAACAUGCUUACAGGGCUCGUGAACCUAUCUGUUAAUACGCUGUCUGUUACAUCAUCCUCAGCACUUGCUAUCUUGCUACUGUACGCAUUCGUUUUAUCUAUUGUGGUCGGAUUUGCUAACUUGUAUGGACUCAAGUUCAAGUUCUGGUAGUUAUGUUAGUACUAAUUUACAGAUUUCAUUUGACCUUGUUCAGUUUAUUUGCAAUGUAUCAUAGGCUCGUGAACCUAUCUGUUAAUAUGCUUUCUAAAAUAAAUAUAAGAACAUUACUUCCCUUUGUUCUUGAAUAAAUGAAACU